GCCGUGAGAAUCGUGCCCACUUCCGGUGUCGAAAGUUCCUCUCCAUAAGACUACAGUUUCCAAGGAACGCCGUGGCGAAGGCUCUUAGGUCCGCAAUGCAUGCUGGAAAUUGUAGUUUCCUCCCCCUCCCCCAUCCUUUUAUUUACUUAAGCAGGAGACUUCCAUUGCAGCCGGGGGCGAGGAAACGAGGCCUCUUCUACAACUGUUUUGGACACUUGCCUGCGCUCAUAUUCGGGCCUCAGAGCGGUUCCGACCCUAGUACAACUAUCACUGUGACGUAAUAAGCCGCCACAGGAUGGGCUGAAAUUAAGGGGCGGAAGUCAACGAGGAAACUCGCGGAAUUGUUCUCUUCCGUCCCUUUCUAAUGACGUAAAAGGGAAAAGGAGUUACCAAUCGGAAGUCUGGAGCGACUCAUUUUUUGAGACGCUCUUGCUCAGCUGCUGGCCGGUUUCCGUGGCGACAGAAAAACGCGGGAAUUUCAGAACUAUUGAAGCUGCGCCUGCGCAACGUAUACUCCCUGAGGUUUUUCUGGAUGGUCGGUCAACUGGCGCAAAGGGCUUUUCAGAUAACUGGGCCCUUGUGCCUGGGAAGUCCAGACUGUUUACUCGGAGGAAAGUUUGUUGGAACAGGAUAAAAAAUGGACUUACCUGCAGAUCGUGUUGAAGAAGUACAGAAUGUCCUUAAUGCUAUGCAGAAAAUCUUGGAGUGUCCAAUCUGUUUGGAGUUGAUCAAAGAGCCUGUUUCUACAAGAUGUGACCACAUAUUUUGCAGAUUUUGCAUACUGAAACUUAUCAACCAGAAAAAAGGGCUUUCACAGUGUCCUUUGUGUAAGAAUGAUAUCACCAGAAGAAGCUUACAAGAAAGCACAAGAUUUAGUCAACUUGUUCAAGAGCUGCUGAAAAUCAUUCGUGCUUUUGAACUUGACACAGGAUUGCAGUUUGCAAAUAAUUACAACUUUUCAAAAAAGGAAAAUAACUCUCCUGAGCAUGUAAAGGAAGAAGUUUCUAUCAUCCAAAGUAUGGGCUAUCGGAACCGGGCCAAGAGACUUAGACAAAGUGAAUCUGAGCAUCCUACCUUGGAAUCCAGUCUUAGUGUCCAACUCUCUAACCUUGGAAUUGUGAGAUCUCUGAGGACAAAGCAGCAAGUUCCAGCUCAGAAUAAGUCAGUCUACAUUGAACUGGGAUCUGAUUCUUCUGAAGAUACAGUUAAUAAGGCAAGUGAAUACAGUACCCAUGAGUUACAUAUCAUCACUCAAGAAGUCAGGGCUGAACCUAGGUUGAAUUCGGGAAAAAAUGCUGCUUAUGAGCAUUCAGAGAACAUAACAGAUAAUGAAUGUCAUCAAUCCAGUAAGAAAGAUUUGACCACCACUGAGAAGCAUGCAGCUGAAAAGCAUCCAGAAACGUAUCAGGGUACUUCUGUUUCAAACUUGCAUGUGGACCCAUGUGGCACAAAUCCUCAUACUAGCUCGUUACAGCGUGAGAACAGCAGUUUAUUACUCACUAAAGGCAAAAUGAAUGUAGAAAAGGCUGAAUUCUGUAGUAAAAGCAAACAGCCUGGCUUAGCAAGGAGCCAACAGAGCAGAUGGGCUGAAAAUAUGGAAACAUGUAAUGAUAGGCAGACUCCUAGCCCAGACAAAGAAGUAGAUCUGAAUGCUGAUUCCUUAUAUGAGAGAAAAGAACUAAACGAGCAGAUCUCUUCAUACUCCAGCAGUCCUAAAGAUUCCAAAGACAUUUCUUGGGUAGCACUGAAUAGCAUACAGAAAGUGAAUGAAUGGCUUUCCAGAAGUGAUGAACUGUUAACUUCUGAUGACUCAUAUGAUAAGGGAUCUAAAUCAAAAACUGAAGUAACUGUAACAACAGAAGUUCCAAAUGCAAUAGAUAGAUUUUUUGGUUCUUCAGAGAAAAUAAACUUAACAGCCAGUGAUCCUCAUGUUGCUUUAAUACGUGAAGGUGAAGGAGUCCACUUCAAACCAGUAAAGAAUAAUAUUGAAGAUAAAAUAUUUGGGAAAACCUAUGGGAGGAAGGCAAGCCUUCUUAAUUUGAGCCACGUAACUGAAGAUGUAAUUAUAAGGGAACCUCAGGUAGCCAAAGAGCCUCUCCUUGCAACUAAAUUAAAACGUAAAAGGAGAACUGAUGUAGGUCUUUGUCCUGAGGAUUUUAUCAAGAAAGUAGAUGUGGCAAUUGUUCAGAAGACUCCUGAAAAGAUAAUCAAGAGACCUGGCCAACUGGAUCAAAGUGACCAAGUAAUGAAUAUUGCUACUAAUGGUCAUGAAACUGAAACAAAGAGUGAUUAUGUUCAGAAGGAGAAAAAUGCUAACCCAGCAGAAUCACCAGAAAAAGAAUCUGCUUUUAGAAAUAAACCUGAACCUAUAAGCAGCAGUAUAAGCAAUAUGGAACUAGAAUUAAAUGUCCACAGUUCAAAAGCACCUAAGAAGAAUAAACUCAGGAGAAAGUCAUCUGCCAGGCAUAUUCAUGCACUUGAAGUAGUAGUCAAUAAAAACUCAAGCCCACCUAGCCAUACAGAACUACAAAUUGAUAGCUGUUCUAGCAAUGAAGAGAUGAGGGGGGUGAAAGCUGAUCAAAUGCCAGUCAGGCACAGCAAACAACUUCCACUCAUUGAAGACAAAGAACCUGCAACUAGAGCCUUUAGUAGUAGCAAGUCAAAUGAACAAAUAAGUAAACAGUUUGUUGGUGAGACUUUUUCAGACCUAAAUUUAACAAACAUCCCUGGUUUUCUUACCAGCUGUUCAAGUUCCAAUAAACAUCAGGAAUGUAUUAAUCCUAACCUACAAAGAGAGGUAUUAGGAGAAAGCCGUGGGACUAUUCAAGUGUGUAAUAAUACCAAAAACCCUAAAGAUCUGAUAGUAAGUGGAAAGAGAGGUUUACAAAUUGAAAGAUCUGUAGAGAGUCCUGUAGAGAACACUGACUAUGGCAGUCAGGAUAGUAUCUCAUUACUGGAAACUGAUACUCUAGGGAAGGCAAAAAAGACACCAAAUCAAUGUGUAAGUCUGUGUGUAGCAACUGAAACCCCCAAAGAACUUAGCCAUAGUUGUUCUAAAGAUACUAGAAAUGACACUGAAGGCUUUAGGGAUUCACUCAGAUGUGAAGUUGAUCACACGCAGGAGACAAGCACAGAACUGGAGGAGAGUGAACUUGAUACACAGUAUUUACAGAAUACCUUCAAGGUUUCAAAACGUCGGUCAUUUGCUCUGUUUUCAAGUCCAGAGAAUUCAGAAAAGGCAUGUACAAGAGGCUCUGUCCAUUCUAAGUCUUUAAGGAAACAAAGUCCAAAAGUUAUUCUGGACUGUGAACAAAAAGAAGAAAAUCAAGGAGAGAAAGCAUCUGAAAUCAAGUAUUUGCCAUCAGAACAUACAACUACAGGCUUUCCUGUGGUGUGUUAUAAAGAUACAUCAGGUGAUUAUGCCAAAUGUAGCGUAAAAGGAGUCUCCAGGCAUUGUCAGCCAUCUCGGUUCAGAGGCAGUGAACCUGAACUCAUUGUUGCAAAUAAAAAUUUAAUUUUACAAAACCUAUAUCAUAUACCAACACUUCCUACCAUCAUGUCAUCUACUAAGAGUAUAUGCAAGAAAAACCUGUCUGAGGAAAAUUCACUGUCGCCUGAAAGAGCAGUGACAAACAAAAGCAUCAUCCAAAGUACAGUGAACACCAUUAGCCAGACUAAUGCCAGUGAAAAUGCUCUUAAAGAUGUCAGUUCAAGCAGUGUUAAUGAUAUGGGUUCCAGUACUAAUGAAGUAGGUUCCAGUAGUGAAAACAUUCAAGCUAAACUAUGUAGAAACAGAGGACCCAGAUUAAAUGCUACUCUUAGAGCAAGUCUUAUGCAACCUGAAGUCUUUGAGCAGUGUCUUCUGAUGAGUAACUGUAAACAUUCUGAAAUGAAAAGACAAGGAGAAAAUGAAGGUGUUAUUCAGACUGUUAAUAUAGAAUCCGAUUCAUGCCCAAGACCAGAUAACUUAGAACAACCGGUGGAAACUAGUCAUGUUUGUUCUGAAACACCUGACGAUCUGUUAAAUGACGAUGAAAUGAAGGAAAAUACAAGCUUUACUGAAAGUGGCAUUAAGGAACAAUCUGCUGUUUUUGGCAAAAGUACCCAGAAAGGUUUCAGAAGGAGCCCUAGCCCUUUAGGCCACACAUGUUUGAGACAGGAUCAGCAAAGAGGGGCACAAAAAUCAGAGCCCUCUGAAGAUUUCAUGUCUAGUGAGGAUGAAGAGCUUCCCUGCUUCCAACACUUAAUAUUUGGUAAUACAAGCAGCACACCAUCUCAAUCUACUAGAAGUAAUGCUGUUCCCACAGAGGGUUUAUCCAAGAAAACGGAGGAGUUGCUAGUAUCAUUAAAGGGUAGUUUAACUUGUGACAGUCAACAGGUAACAUCAGCAAAGGCAUCUCAGGAACAUCACCUUAGUGAGGAAGCAAAAUUUUCUAGCAGCUUAUUUUCUUCACAGUGUAGUAUAAUAGAAGACAUGACUACUAAUCCAAGCAACCACGAUCCUUUCUUGAUGUUUGAUCCUCCCUCCAAACAAGGGAGGUCUCAGUCUGAAGACGAAGAAAUUCUGAGUGAUCAGGAGUUGAUUUCAGAUGAUGAUGAAAGAGAACCUGGCCUAGAAGAGGAUGAUAAUCAAAAAGAGCAGAAUGUGGACUCAAACUUAGGUGAAAGAGGAUUCGAGUAUCAGAGUGAAACAAGCCUCUCUGAAGACUCAUCAGGGCUGUCCUCUCAAAGUGUUAUUUUAACCACUCAGCAGAGAGAUACCAUGCAAGAUAACUUGAUAAAGCUCCAGAAGGAAAUGGCUGAACUGGAAGCUGUAUUAGAACAACAUGGGAGCCAGCCUUCUAACAGCUCCACUUCCUCCACAGCUGAUUCUCGUGCCCCUGCGGACCUACUAAAUCCAGAACAAAAUAAGUCAGAAAAAGAAGCUUUAACUUCAGAGAAAAGUAAUAAAUAUCCUGCAAGCCAGAAUUCAGAAAACAUUUCUGCUGACAAGCCUCAAGUAUCUCUGGAUAAUUCCACUAAUAAAAGUCAAGAACUAGGAGCGGAAAGAUCCCAGUUAUUGGAUAGUAAGUUAUAUGUUCAUAGUCCUUCAAAGAAUCUGCGGAAGGGAAAUUGCCCAUCUCAAGAGGAGCUUACUGAGAUUGCUGAUAAGGAGGAGCAACAACGGACACAGUCUGAAGCCCAAGACUUAAUGAAGCAAUCCUAUUUGCCAGGACAAGACUUAGAAGGGACUCCUUACCUAGAAUCUGGAGUCAGCCUCUUCUCUGAUGACCCUAAAUCUGACUCCCUUGAAGACAGCACUCCAGAGCCUGCUCCAAUCUGUGGCAUGCCAACAUCAGCCUCUGCUGUGGAACUACAAGUUGCAGAAUCUGCCAAGUGUUCAUUUACUACUCAUCCUACUAAUACUGAUGGUUAUGGUGUAAAGGAAGAAAGUGUGAACAUGGAGAAGUCAGAAGUGACACCUUCAACAAAUAGAACCAACAGAAGAAUAUCUAUGGUUGCAUCAGGCUUGACCUUGAAAGAACUUAUGCUUAUGCACAAGUUUGCCAGAAAACACCACAUCACUAUAACUGAUCUUAUUACUGAAGAGACUACUCAUGUCAUUAUGAAAACAGAUGCCGAAUUUGUGUGUGAGCGGACUCUGAAAUAUUUUCUGGGAAUUGCAGGAGGAAAAUGGGUAGUUAGCUAUUUCUGGGUUACCCAGUCUAUUAAAGAAAAUAAGAUGCUGGAUGAGCUUGAAUUUGAAGUUCAAGGAGAUGUUGUCAAUGGAAGAAAUCACCAAGGUCCAAAGCGAGCUAGAGAAUCUCAGGACAGAAAGAUCUUCAAGGGCCUCGAAAUCUGUUGCUACGGGCCCUUUACCAACAUGCCCACAGAUCAACUAGAAUGGAUGGUGUGCCUCUGUGGAGCUUCUGUGGUGAAGGAGACUUCAUCAUUCACCUUCAGCAAGGACACUCACCCAGUUGUGGUUGUGCAGUCGGAUGCCUGGACGAGGGACCACAACUUCCGUGCGACUGGGAAGAUGUGUGAGAUACCUGUGGUGACCCGAGAAUGGGUGCUGGACAGUGUAGCCCUCUAUGAGUGCCAGGAGCUGGACACCUACCUGGUAACCCAUAUCAACCGGAGUGCCGCUGAUUCCAGCCAGUUUUGUGGAUAGAGCCUAUCUCCAUGGGUCUUCAGAGCGGAAGUUAAAAGUGACCUUUUAUUCAGACUUGGGGAGCAAUUAUCUCAGUUUUUAAAUAUAUGUUUAUCAGCCUGUAAAGGACUUCUGGAUAUUCUGGAGUCCAUUAAGGAUUUUUCCCCCCUGUUUGUUUCAAGUUUCCUUUUGAAAUCUGCUGUGAGGACAAAAUUGUGGUGAUUAUUCAUCUGGAGACUUUAACCCCACCAGUUGAGUCACAUGGGGAUUCAUUAUUUAUUUAUUAGUCCUAUUUCUUAUAUUGUGGUUGUUGACUUAGAGGUACAGAGUUACUGGCCUCAGGAGACUACCUGGCUAAGUUUGCUCCUCUAAAAUCCAGUGUUCAUAAAGCCCAAAAGUCAAGCCUUUCACUGGAAGAUAAGUACUGGGGAUCUGUGACAUGACAAAAAUCAGAACAACCUUUGGGCAGCUUUCAAAUGUUGGAGUGGAACAGAGGGGAUUCAGAGGCAGGCAAGGUUAACCAAAGGAGAGGAAGUCAUGCUCCCACAAGUCUGGGCUAUAGCUGCUAGAUUUCUGAAGAAUUUCUUAGCAGUAAUAUGCUUUGAAACAAAAGAAUCUUUUCCAGAACUUGUGUCCAAAGAGGUUAUUCUAAUUCCCCAGCAGUAAUGUUUAUUGUUGUAGCUCUGAUAUGCAACCCAUUCCUCUUGAAAUAUAAGAUCUCUGAUAUGAAUAUUUCAUGUCUCUAAAAUGACGGAUCCCACCAGGAAAGGAGCUGUUACUUUCCUUGAGGUAAUUUUUUUUCUUUGCUCCCUGUUGCUGAACUGUACAGCUUCAUAAAUAAUUUUGUUCACUGAAGGAAGAAGAAUGUUUCUUAUAAACUCAUUAUCCAGGACUGUUUAUGGCUGUUAGAAGGGCUAGGUCUUCCAUAGUCCCCCACUGUGUCAGGGUAGUACAAACUUGAUUGUACAAAUAUGUUUCCUAAAUGUGCUAUUUACCUGCAAAUAGACUUGGUAGCAAAUA